UUGGUUUAUUUCAGUUAUACACGUAGGCCGUAUUAACAGGAUCAUGGAAGGCAUAAGGAAUUUGCUUUCCAAUUGAACAUUUUCAAGGCGCUUUUCUGUUUUUUUUUUUUAAACCUGAUUCGUUCCAACGUUGGCCUAUCACGUGAUACAACACCCAGUCACGUGGUGGUAAAACUUUACGGGAAGUAUUUCUGACUUUUCAAGUGAUUUGCGGGCGUAAAUGGACACAUCACUUUUUAUUCAAUUAAAUUAGUAAAUGUGCAUUAUUAUCAUAUUAAUAUAUUAGAUUGUCAUCAUGACAUCGUUAAAACAAGCUGCCUAAGAUAAUAUUUCACUUCCAUUUCAUUUUUAAUAUAAAUUUAAAUACACUAAAGGUAAAAGCAUGGUCUGUUUAAGGAUUGUUUGUUUACUCGGAGUGCUACUGCUUCAGAACCAGCACUUAUUGAAGCACGUUACCGCUACCUCCUACACUGUCACAGUGGAUGCAGAAACACCUCAAAGAGAUCUGAAGCAUUUCUGGAAAAGUACAGGGUUUUGCCCUCCUCUUCCUCAUGAUCAAGCUGAUAAGUAUGACCUUAGCAAAGACCAGCAGCUAAAUCUCGCAUACAUCUCCUCAGUCCCACACAGAGGCAUUGAGCAAGUCCGAAUCCACUGGUUACUGGAGUUGGUAACUGUUAAUGUUGUACAUGGAAACCUACAUUAUAACUUCACCAACCUGGAUAAUCUCAUUGACCUCUUGUGGCAGAAUGGUCUAAGACCAGGUUUUGAAUUGAUGGGGAGUGCCUCUGGUUAUUUUACUGAUUUUGAAGAUAAAAAGCAGGUGGUGGAAUGGAAGAACAUGGUGGCAGUUAUUGCAAAGAGAUACAUCGAUAAGUAUGGUCUAGGGUAUGUUUCCCAGUGGAACUUCGAAACCUGGAAUGAACCAAGCAAUCAUGAUUUUGACAAUGUAAAUAUGACAAUCCAAGGGUUCCUCAACUAUUAUGAUGCCUGCUCUGAAGGUCUGAGGGAAGUCAGCCCCUUCCUUCGCUUUGGGGGUCCUGGGGACUCCUGCCACUCACCCCCACACACACCUUAUUGCUGGGCCAUGCUCAGCCACUGCUUUAAUGGGACCAACUUCUUUACUGGAGAGACUGGCGUGCGACUGGACUACAUUGCACUGCAUAAGAAGUCCGGUAUGCAUUGGCCCCUAAGAGGUGACUUACGCGGUGACCACUCAAUUUCCCAAUUUCUGCGAAGUUGCGAAGUAGGUAGACCCCCUACCUAUGCCAAGCCAUUUGUUGGGGGCCACCUACAUGCUAACUUUUCCACCACAACCAGGGUACUCAAGGGUGGAGGUAGUUCCCUUCACAUACUGGAACAAGAAGUAGAGACGACCCAAGAGAUCCACAAGCAUUUCCCUGGAUAUAAACCUGUCCCGCUUUACAACGAUGAAGCUGAUCCCUUGGUCGGAUGGUCAAAACCACAAGUAUGGAGGGCAGACGUGACCUAUGCAUCUAUGGUGGUAAAAGUGAUUGAUCAGCAUCAAAACCUAAUAAUUGCCAAGCCGCACAACAGCAUUAACUACACCCUGCUGAGCAACGACAAUGCGUUCCUGAACUACCACCCGCACUACUUCACACAGAGAACACUCACCACACGCUUCCAGAUGAACCACACCAAACCACCCCACGUCCAGAUGGUGAGGAAGCCCGUUCUCACUGUCAUGGGUUUGCUUGCCUUAUUAGGUGAGACGCAAAUAUCGUCAGAUAUUGAAGCGAGUGGGGAAUCUGUGAAAAUGACCUUGGGCGUAAUAGCUAGUACUCAUGUGACUGCUGUACCUGGUACCUCAGACAGCUGGCAGUCUACCAUACUGAUUUAUAACAGCAAUGACAACGACACCUCAUCUGAUGUGGGCUAUGUGAUGGUCAACCUCAACAACUACCCAGCCCAGUUAGGUCUAGUGUAUGUGACGUAUUAUCUAGACAACAACACAACAAACCCAUAUCUGCAGUGGAAGAAUAUUGGCAGUCCUGAUUUCCCAACCAUUGAGCAGUUUAAGGAACUCAGAAAAGCAGAGGAGCCUCUUGUUAUGGGACCUCUUGCUUUCCCCUCCAGUGGUACGCUAACGCUGAAAGCAGAGCUUCCAGUUCCCUCACUGUUCCUCAUCCACAUUUGUGCUAAACCCAAAGUUCCUCCAGAUCAGGUAACAGGUUUGCGUAUCAUGGCACUCACCAAAGGACAAGGGAUAAUUGUGUGGAAAGAUGGCUGUGUCAAUUCAAAGUGUUUAAAAACAUUUGAAGUGGAGUUUUCUGAAGAUGCUAAGAUAUAUAGAAGAAUUAAUUCAAGGGAUACCAUUUUUACCUUAUUUGUGUUUGCCUCAGAGAAAGCUGAAGUUUCUGGUUUCUACAGAGUGCGUGCAGUAGACUAUUGGGGUCGACCAGGAGAAUAUUCACUGCCUGAAAAAUACACAGAAGAGCAUUGAAACUCGUCAUUUUUCUUAUACAUGUAUAUACACACACACACACACACACACACACACACACACACACACACACACACACAUAUACUUGAAAUCUUUUAAGGGACAUUCAUUUCCAGCACUAACUGCAUUAUUUAUUGUGCCAUGCUUAAUGCCUCCUACAGUACAUUUUGUUUGUGUGUUUUCAACCCCAAUGGUCUAAUUCUAAUUGUUUCUGUUUUUAUGAUGAAUAUACUCUAGCCUAGAAAAAUCACAGUAGCUGCACUGUCUGAAGUGAAUAGCAGUCCUGGAAACAAAGUUCCAUAUUCCUGAUAUAAAAGAGUAUUAAAGUCAACUAAACCAAAAUGUGUAAUUGAUUACUGCUGUGACUAGAUUGAUCACAGACACAAUUUUAAGUGAAGAAACCAGAAAUAAAAACGCAAACACAGUUCACCAGUUUCUUUAGAAAAUCAUUUAAUGUCACAAACAUCAGUUUGUUCCCUUAAAAUGUUUUUCCAAUGAGCAUUUCUCUGAUUUCGAGAAUAUUUUCCUAAUCAUUAUUAUCCAAAGGUCAUGAUUUCAAUUCCAGAGACUCCACUUCUCAUGCAUGCCAAAGUGAUCCAUCUUUCAGUAAGGGAGUACCUCUCCAUCUCAGCAAGCCCCUAAAAUACAGCGAUGUGACAAAUGCAAAGGGUUAAAAUAAAGAUUUUAUUUCAGGUUCAA